GUCGUGGAUACCGCUCUAAUUGUACGAAUUCACAGAAAAUUGCUCAAAAAUGGCGGCGUCCGUGCUACCGCUGUUACUGCUGUUGGCUUCGCUUCUGACGCUCUCCUCCCAGCAAAUUUACGACGAGAGCUGGGGAUACGUGACAGUCAGACCAAAUGCCCACAUGUUCUGGUGGCUGUACGGUAGCACGGCGCCUGAUAGGGACAGCCGUCCGCUAGUAAUGUGGCUUCAGGGUGGGCCUGGGGGAUCUUCGACUGGAUUUGGCAAUUUUCUUGAGCUGGGACCACUGGAUAUCAACCUCAAACCUAGGAACACCACCUGGGUUCAGGCGGCCAACGUUCUCUUUGUGGACAACCCAGUUGGUACAGGCUACAGCUACUGUGACACCGACGAUGCAUUCACAUCAAACGUGGACGAGAUUGCAAAAGAUCUGGUCACCUUAUUCUCCGCCUUCCUUAAGGACAUCCCCUGUGUUCCAGACCCUGCCAUUCUACGUGUUCUCUGAAUCCUAUGGAGGAAAGAUGGCUGCAGCUUUUGGGCUCGCUCUCUACAAUGCCAUAGAAGCUGGUGAGGUGAAGAGCAACUUCAAAGGAGUGGCUCUUGGCGACUCGUGGAUCUCUCCCAUUGAUUCUGUGAAGACUUGGGGACCCUACCUCUAUGCUACUGUAAGUAUUGUGCCAAUUGCUUGAAAUGCUCGACAUCAUCUCUCAGUGAGAGUAAGGGUAGUAUUUUGUUUACAGUGUACAAUAGUGUGUAUACCCCCUACCUACUCUUUUUCUAUAUACUUCUAAGCAGCUCAUUCCAAGUAUAUACUAUGAUUAUAGGAGUAGAAUUUCUAUUCUGUUUCACAUUGUGUGGAACUGUGUGUCUUGCAUCACCAAAGCCAUUAAUUGUGUGGCGGGAAUCUUUCGAGAGAGGAACACAGUCCCCCCUAUACAGUAUAUAUACACGUUUGUAUUGUGCCAACAAACAAUAUGUAAACAUGUUGCAAUGCACACACGCACACACUAUAAUAAUGGUGCAGUCUCUACUGAACGAGGAGGGGCUGGCUAAAGUGGAGAGAGUGGCCAACAUGACGCAGGAGGCUCUGAACCAGGGGAACUAUGCGCAGGCCACGGCGCUCUGGGGAGAGGCCGAGGGCGUCAUUGAAUCGCUAACAGACAAUGUUGAUUUCUACAACAUUCUUCUGCACAACGUGCCGGAUGAGGGGAGUGUGAAGUCUGGGCGUGGUCCUGGGCGGGGCCUGGAGCUAGCCGCGAUGCGACACGUCAUGCGACUCCAGCAGGAGAGUCUGUCUCAACUGAUGAAUGGACCGAUUCGCCAGAAACUGGGAGAUAUUCCAACCAACGUCACUUGGGGAGGUCAGGCAAAUGAUGUGUUUGUAAAGCAGACGGUCGAUUUCAUGAAGGAUGUCGUCAGUACAGUUGAUGAGUUGCUAAUGAAGGGGGUUACUGUGGUGGUGUACACUGGGCAACUGGACCUCAUUGUUGAUACAAUGGGUACACUGGCUUGGAUUGAGCGUCUAAAGUGGUCCGGUCUCCCUGAUUUCAUGACUGCCAGUCGUGACCCACUCUACCCGCCCUCUGGCAUGCCCACUAACGACACAGGGGCCUUUCUACAGACACACGAGAAUUUCUCUGUCUUCUGGAUCAUGAAGGCAGGGCACAUGGUGCCUGCUGACGCUGGCGAGAUGGCUCUGGAGAUGGUGAAAAUGAUCAUUGGGGUGGACUGAAUUCUGUUUACUGGACUGUUUGUGCUUUGUUUUCAGUUGAUUGAACUCCUUGUGUAAUUUUGUUUACUCAAUUCGGUCAAAUGCCAUGUUCUAUUUUUAUGUUGGCUAU